ACGUCAGUAAUGUCAAGUAGAAAAUGGAAAACGGUGUUUAGGUUAAGUUUUUAAAUGUUUACAAAAAUAUAUACAGGCGUAAUUAAAUAUCAUUAUGUGGUCGUUUUUUUCUCGCGAUCCAUCUAAAGAUUUUAAUUUUGAAAUUGGAGAAUUAGUUCCAAGUUUAGAAAAUAAAAGUGUAUGGACCCUUCACAAAGGCAAAAAAAAGGGCUCAAAUGAAGAAGUUUCAGUUUUUGUCUUUGACAUUAAAAACAAUUCAGAUGCCCAGUUAGAAAUAGCUAAAGCAGCAGUCAAAAGAUUAAAGACUUUGAGGCAUCCUAGCGUGCUUACAUACUUGGAUAGCUUAGAGUCAGAAAAAGUCUUAUAUUUGGCAACAGAAUAUGUAGAUCCUCUAGGUGAACAUUUAGAGAAAUUGCCAUUAGAUGGACCUCAGAGAGAUCUGUACGUAGCUUGGGGUAUUUUUCAAAUAACGCGAGCUCUGUCAUUUUUAAAUAAUGAUGGAAAUCUUCGACAUAAUAAUGUGAAUAUUUGGUCUGUAUUUGUUAAUUCUUCCGGAGAGUGGAAACUUGGAGGUGUAGAAUAUGUAACUAGCGUGCAAGAUACUAACUUUCCUUUUAAGCUUAUUCAAUCUUUGGAUGUAUAUGACCCUCCUGAGAAAAAUGAUCCUAGUAAGCAACGGUCUGCAACAAAAUGUUCUAACGAUAUGUGGGGCUUAGGAUGUCUCAUUUGGGAGGUGUUUAAUGGACCCCUUCCACAGCAAGCUUUGUUGAAAAAACUCGAUAAAAUACCAAAACAGUUAGGUCCCUUGUACUGUGAACUCGUGGGUUCUAAUCCAGCUUCUAGACCCAAUCCUGCCGAUAUUAUAACGAGGUGUCGCAAGUUGGGUGGUUAUUUCAAGAAUGAUUUGGUUGAUACUUUGCUAUUUCUUGAAGAGAUUCAAAUUAAGGACAAAAAUGAAAAAAAUAGAUUUUUUUCUAAUCUUACUCCCCACUUGGACAACUUCCCAGAUAACGUAUGUAAACACAAGAUUUUGCCACAGUUAAUUACAGCAUUUGAAUAUGGAGAUGCUGGUUCUGCUGUAUUAGCCCCAAUGUUUAAGUUAGGAAAAUUGUUGGAUGAAAGUGAGUAUCAGAAGAAGAUUGUGCCAUGCGUAGUGAAAUUAUUUGGAAGUAACGACAGGGCUACCCGAUCAAGACUUCUGCAACAGUUAGAAUUCUUUAUCGGACAUUUGCAGGCUGGUACAGUUAACGAUCAAAUAUUUCCUCAAAUUGCUCAUGGGUUCAUGGAUACUAACCCCACCAUUCGAGAACAGACUGUCAAAUCUGUGAUACAUCUAGCACCUAAGUUAAGUUACAACAAUUUGAAUAUAGAAGUGCUUAGACAUUUUGCGAGACUCCAGUCUAAAGACGACCAAGGUGGUAUUCGUACGAAUACCACUGUGUGCCUAGGAAAAAUAGCGCAACAUCUGCAUCCUCAAAUCCGUCAGAAAGUUCUUAUAUCUGCAUUCAUCAGAGCCAUGAGGGAUCCUUUUCCACCGGCAAGAAACGCAGGUGUAUUGGCACUAGCUGCUACGCAACAGUACUACCUGUUAUCAGAAGUCUCAGCAAGAAUACUUCCAGCUCUCUGUCAAUUAACCAUGGAUCCCGAAAAAUCUGUUAGGGAUUCGGUUUUCCGGACGAUUAAAGGAUUCUUAGGGAAGCUAGAAAAAGUGUCAGAAGAUCCCAGUUUAAGGGAAAGUAUGGAGGCAGAUGUGAACACAGCUACGCCCAGUUUGGGUAAUGCCGCAGCCACCUGGGCAGGUUGGGCCGUUACUGCCGUUACUGCCAAAUUCUAUCGAAGUCAAUCCGAUACGGUGAAGUCGGUGAAUCCUAUGGGCAACAAGAUGUUAAGCAAGCCAGGAUCUUUAGAGCAACCUUCCAGUAGCAGUAUUUCAACAACAACUUCUAGCGUAACUUCCAUGACUUCACUGGAACAUGAAGAAGGCAGUCGCGGCAACGACUCUGUCUCGGAUUAUGACUACAAUCACUGGGAAGAUAAUGACAAUUGGGGCGAUAUGGAGACUGGUGGUCAAAUGGCGAGUAGCAGCGGUAGCGGGUGUGCGACAGGUACCAGCGAUCCGACUAGCCCUCCUUCCGGUUCUGGGCCUGCUACUAAAGUUACCGAUGGGUGGGAUAAUGAAGAGUGGGGUAGUUUAGAAGAAGAACCAGAAGCCGAGGCUGAGCUGACAUCUCCUUCAGAGGCGUGGAGCCCUAGCGAUACCGCUCCUAUAUUACCAAAUCACCAAAAAAAUUCAGCAGGUUUGAUCCAGCCCCAAACCGGCAGAUCUCCCCAACACGCCUGGGAGGAAUCCGAAUUUGAACCUAUUGAAGAAAAUUCCGGGUCUAGCAAUGCUAAGUUGGAAGAGGCGAGGAAAAAACGGGAAGAGCGGAAAUUGAUGCGCCAAAAGGAACUCGAGGCUAGAAGGGCUAGUCGAACCGUAGGAGGUCCCAUGAAAUUAGGAGCCAAAAAGUUAUAAUUAAGUGAUAAUGGAGGGUAUAUUACGUCUAAGUAAUAAGUAAAAGAGAAGUUUCUCUUUAGGUUUUCUAAUUGUCUUCAAUUAACCCGACGUCAACUAAAAAUGUACACCAAAUGUGUUGAAGGAUGUUUCAUUAAACGGUUUCAAAGUAAAUGUCAUGUACUCCUUUUAUAAAAAUAUCGUGUAAUAUAUGAUUUACAGAUUCUAAUUAUAUUUAUGUAAAAUUUUUAUCGAAGAUCAUUGAAAUACCUUACUUUUAUUGAAAAUGUAUAGCUUACCAAUGGAAAUCAUUAAGGUUCUUUUAAUAUUAAGCAUGGCCUAAUUAAAAUAAUAACAGCCAAUAUUUUUUUUGACAGAAUUGUGUUCAGUAGUAAUUUUCUUUCUAAUAAGAAAGGCAACAUUUAUUUACUACUAUUACUAACAUUUUUUCAUUUUGAAAAAUCAACUUUAUAUCUACCGUUUCCUAAGCAAAAUGAUUAAUAUAUUUAUUUAAAUACAUGACUUCUCGGCAUUGACCAAAAAUUAAUCAAAACGGUAUUUUUGCAGUAAUAAAAAAAUAAUCACUUUCCCAGAAGAUACUUAAAACUAAGCUCCAUGUCGAUAUACAGUGUUGUUCGAAAGAAAGAAAUAAGGUAUAAUGCAACAACCUGUCAAAUAUGAAGGAGCGGUUUUGUAAUCCAAAUUUAAAAAUAUUUCAAUGCACUUGAAGCUUUCAAGAUACAGGGUUUUAAAAUUUGAAAAAAAAAGAUGUUUCUAAAUAUAUUUUGAAUAAAUGAUAUUGAAAUGAAAUUCUGUGUGCACAAUUCUUGCAUGAAUGUCAUUUAACGUGAAGAAAAGUCUCGAAACAGUGGUCCAAAAGAAAUAUUACAAUUUUUUUUUUAUAUUUUAUGUUUAACAAAAGUUUUUUCAUAGCUUUUCCUGUUUUAGUACAAUUUAACAAUUUAUAAAGUCAAAUGUAAAAUUAUUUUCAAAAUACAGGGUGUUCCUAAAUAAGUGUCGCAA